AUGUCCUCUCUUCUUACUGAUAGUUUGUUCGGGGUCAAGGGGCACGUUGCAGUUGUGACAGGAGGCGCCAGUGGCCUAGGCUUUAUGAUUGCCAAGGGACUUGUGACAAAUGGCGCCAAAGUGUACCUCGUUGAUUUACCAAGCGUGUCCACCGUCAAGAGCGUGGCGGAACUCAACGAACUUGGUAGGGAAGCUGGAGGAUCUGCACAUGGAAUCCCUUGCAAUGUUUCUGACAAGCAAGCCAUCCAAGAUCUCGCCAAUCAGAUUGGCCAGCGAGAAAAGCACGUUGACAUGUUGAUUUCCAACGCCGGCAUCAGACGCGACCCCCCUGUCCAAUGCAAUGUGCUCAAGGCAUCCUUGUCCGAGCUGCAAGCUUCCAUGUGGUCCUCACGACAUUCAGACUGGGAUGAUACAUUUCGCAUCAACACAACUGCCCACUACUUCCUUUCCGUGGCUUUCCUUCCAUUGCUAGAGGCGGCCUCGCGACUGGAAUUGUCCGAUGGCCAGCUCGGGCGAAAUGGGGGUCGCGGAGUGGUUGUCAUAACGAGUUCAUGCGCAAGCAUGCAUAACGUGACGAACGUGGACCUAACGAGUUAUGCGACGAGCAAAGCUGCAACUGAUCACCUGGUUAGGCUGCUGGCAGCCAAAUUCAGCCGCUUCUAUGUACGAGUGGCCGGGAUCAACCCAGGCUUUGUUCCAAGCAACAUGAACCCUGUUGGAGAAGAAGGCAACCUCUUCAGCGCCCUUUUCGACAAGGUACCUGCCAAGAGAGCAGGAAACGAGGAUGAUAUUGCCGGCACUGUCUUGUAUCUCGUCAGCCGUGCGGGAGCCUAUGUGGAUGGAAUAUCACUUUGCGUUGACGGAGGCCGCAUUCUGCUUGCCAAUGGUCAAGAAUGA